AUGAAAGAGAUCUUAUGUUCUCAACUCCAUGAAUAUUGUCAAGAGAAGCUUUUACCGCGGAUAAUCACUGCUUAUCGUGAAGAGAAGUUUGACCCCACAUUGAUUCCUGAAAUGGGGAAAAUGGGCCUCCUCGGAGCGCCUUACCAGGGCUACGGAUGCGCUGGAACGUCAACAGUAGGCUAUGGACUGAUUGCACGUGAAAUAGAACGAGUAGAUUCGGGAUAUCGAUCUACGAUGAGCGUUCAGACUAGUCUUGUUAUUGGACCAAUCUAUAAUUAUGGUUCGUGUUUUGUUUUCUAG